AUGUCAAUUUCCAUCCAAAUACAAAAUUUCACUCAUGAAAAGAAAGCCAAUUUCAAUGUUGCCUUUGCAUGCAGCAAGAAGUGUGCUCUCAAGAAUUUACAUGAAAUGCAAUCACUCUUUGAUUCGGAGAACUUGGCAGAUUUCUCAUCUUUGGGACCAAGUGUGGAUUCACGUAUCAAACCUGAUCUCGUAGCACCAGGUUAUUUUGUCAUUUCGGCUCACUCUCAUUUUGGAAAUUCAAAAUGUUCUAUUGAGAAUACCAAUGAUGUGAAAUUUCAAUUGAAAGAAAUGGCAGGAACUUCCAUGUCCACACCACUCGUGGCAGCUGCUGCUACCAUUGUGAGACAAUACUUCACGGAUGGUUUCUAUCCGAGUGGUAAGAGACCAUCCAAUCCUCAGGAAUUUGCCAAAGCAGAAUAUACCAAUCCAAGUGCAGCAUUGGUGAAGGCCAUUCUCAUUUCGAGUGCACGUGGAAUGAAAGGACUUGCUCGUGGCAAUGAUUAUUUUGAUCAUUUCAAUCCAAAACAUCGAACCAUCUUUGAAGGAUAUGGAUUGAUUAAUUUAUCGAAUACUUUGAAAUUGGUCAGUAGUAGUAGUGGUGAUGGUGAUCUUAGUAGUACGAAUACUAAUCCUACUCGUGAGAAUGUAAAGACGACGACUCCAUCUCGAAUGGUGGAUUUAUUUGUGGUGGAUCGACAGGAAAUUACGACCGAUCUUGUUCAUUCCUAUAAUUUCAUUGUGGCUGACAAUUCCUCUGAAUUGUGUAUUACUCUUGUGUGGACAGAUUAUCCUGCAUCACCAAUGGCAUCUCUCGCAUUGGUCAAUGAUUUGGAUUUAAAGUUAGAAUAUGAACUUGAGAAUGGUGAUAUUCAAACCUUUUAUGGUAAUCAUUUUGUGAAUAAUAACCAACCUGAUCGAGUGAAUAAUGUUGAGAAAAUUUUAAUUCCAUCUCCACCACUUCGAACAGCAUUGACUGUGAGUGUGAAAGGUCAUAAUGUACCACAUGGUCCACAACGUUACAGUUUGGUGAUCAAUGGAAAGAAAAUUUCAAAAGCUUCUGUGAUUAAGCGUUCAUUGGAUGUGACUGACGUUUCUCCUUCGAAUACGAUCAUUUUCUUUAAUUGGCAAUUUGCAUUAAUUAUCACAAGUUUGGGAACUGCAUUGUUGGUAUCAUUGGCAGUGAAUAUUGGAUUGUGUUUGUAUGCUCGUAUUCAAAAGAGAGAUUUCAAUAAGCAAUUUAUGAAUAUGGAGAAGAUGAAAACAGUGUAUUAA